GCCGCUGGGUGCAGUUCUUCAUGUUAGCCGUAACCAUAUUGUUAGCAGACAGCGCUGACAAGUGGCUCCUACUGUGUGGCCGUUAAACACAUAUCUGCUUAUUAAACCAGAGUGAGGAGUUAUAAUCGAGGCUCUCCGACGAUUGCUACGCCAAGAUGAGCUUCCUGUUUGGCAGUCGCUCAUCCAAGACCUUCAAGCCCAAGAAGAACAUCCCAGAGGGCUCCCAUCAGUAUGAGCUGCUGAAGCAUGCUGAGGCGACUCUGGGCAGCGGGAACCUGAGACAGGCUGUCAUGCUGCCCGAGGGAGAGGAUCUCAAUGAGUGGAUCGCUGUCAACACCGUGGAUUUCUUCAACCAGAUCAACAUGCUGUACGGCACCAUCACCGAAUUCUGCACUGAGACCAGCUGCUCUGUGAUGUCUGCCGGACCAAGAUAUGAGUACCACUGGGCUGAUGGCACCAACAUUAAGAAGCCUAUCAAAUGCUCUGCUCCCAAGUACAUAGACUACCUGAUGACCUGGGUUCAGGAUCAGCUGGAUGAUGAGACACUUUUUCCCUCCAAGAUUGGAGUUCCCUUCCCCAAGAACUUCAUGUCUGUGGCCAAAACCAUCCUGAAGCGUCUGUUCAGGGUUUACGCUCACAUCUACCACCAACAUUUUGACUCUGUGAUGCAGCUGCAGGAGGAGGCCCACCUCAACACCUCCUUCAAGCAUUUCAUUUUCUUUGUUCAGGAGUUCAACCUCAUUGACCGGCGAGAGCUUGCUCCCCUGCAGGACUUGAUCGAGAAGCUUGGAUCCAAGGACAGAUAGACAUUUCAUCUCUCAUUUUUUUUUAAAGUUUCUUUUUCUCCAUUGUCCCUCUCUGUGACCUCUGCUACCUCUAUGACUUCUCGUCUCAACACUUAAAAUGUGUGCCUUCUUCUUUUCUCUUCUUUCACCUGAACAUUUUUUGCUGUACUUUUCCUUUUAUUCUUUCUGUUGUCUUUUAUGCUGUCUUUGAGCCUUUUUUCAUCAUUGUCCUUCUAGAUCAUAAAAAAUAGUGUAGUAAAAGUAUUUUUUCACAAGACUGUGGUUAACGACUCUUUAAGAGCAACCUACUGAAUUUUUUAUUGGACUAAGGACAUUUGGAAGUUAAGGUGAAGCCAGCUUUUUUUUUCAAAAGUUGGUGCAUAGUGUUUUUACAUAUUGAUAGACAAUUUUAUUUUUGUUAACUUUUAGCUAUUUCAAUUACAAUGACUGACCAAAUAUCCCAAUCUUUU